AUGUAUGUGAAAUGGUUUGAUACAGUAAUGUUUUACUAUGUGAUUUUAGUGAAUGUAACUUUUUGUAAUUUUCAAAUUUCCCGCCGUUCCGUCCCCCAUACGUCCCGACGCUCGCAGGGGACGGAAUCCACCGGAUUACAUUUCCGGGGGACACUGCAGGAGGGACAUUGCGGGAGAGCAGGACAAGGUAAGUGAUCGAGGAAUCCCGGAGCAGCGCCGCAUGGUAAGCCCCGAGUGUAGCUCGGGGUUACCGCUUGUGCUACACUCGGGAAUACCGCCAGGGGGGCUACAGUAA